AUGCCCUCUGUUUUGUUUUUAAUAGUUCCCCGGCUGCGUCACGCGCAACUCGCUUCGGACUUUCCCGCCAAGUUUCGAGUUAGGGGUUUCGCUAAUGAUCCGAUUGACGAGCGCAUGAAAUUUAGUUCGACGCUCUGCUGCGCUAAUUUCCUGGAAGAGGAGCCCCACCUUCGGCGCUUAAGGCCGGAUCGCGAUUCCAGUCACGGACUAGACCCCCUCGCCCCCGCCCCCCUCCCCGUGCCCCCCUGCAUCCAGAGGGUGCAG